AUGCAAAAACUGACGGAGCGUAUAGACGACCUGAAGCAAAGAAUAGCUGCUUGGGGAAAGCGGAUUCGGCGAUAUACCGAGAGGUCGACACGGUUCAACCAGAACCGUCUCUUCCAGAGUGAUCAGAAGAGGCUCUAUAAAUCAUUGGAGCGACCAAUAGUAAGUGGAACGGGCCCUGCACCAAAUCAGGCCGACACGGUCGCAUUCUGGUGCAGCCUGUGGUCAGUGCCCGUAAACCACAACGAGGGCCCUUGA